AUGGCAUACGCCAGCAUCAUGCAAUGCUCGUACGGUUUGAGACAGGUCCGAUUCGAACUUGGUCACCCAUUCAUCCUCUCGGUCAUCUUUAGAGAUAGUAUCGAAACCAACUCCAUUGAAUAG